UUCAGUGCAUCUUAUUUCGGAGAUUACAAUGCAACAAAUUAAUUCCUUCCGUUGUCGUUCCUGGUUCCCAAACAAAAUCCUUCAAAUCUUGUUAAUCAAAUCCUUCAAAAUCCUUCUUCAGUUCUUCCCCAAAUUGAAAUCUCUUUUUUUUUCGGAAAUUACCAUCCUUCAAUUACGGGAACGAGAAAUUGACUGUGUCUCUGGGAAACAAAAAUUCAUCCAUUCCUCCCCAAAUUUCGUUCAUAUCCUUCAACUGACUCUCAUCUUUAUCAAAUCUCAACGGAAAAAUCAAUAAAUCAUGUUGAAAUUGAUAAUCAACCCGUUAUUUCUCACCCUAAUUUUCCUAUAUAUGCACUGCUACGGAGUACAAAAUCAUUCACAUCAACAUCAUCCUUUAAUUUCUGGUAAGUUUUGAUACUCUCAUUCAUUGUAUUUUCAAUUUAAUUUUUCCAAUUAUUUUAAUCAAAUUAUUCGAUUUUGAUUUGCGAAAUCAUUGGAUUUUGAUUUGCGAUAAUAAAAUUUUAAUUAACUGUUCGAUUGUUUAAAUUUUUGAUUUUUUUGGUAUAGAGGUAGAUAAAUGGAUUAUGCUUAGAGAUCCCGGAAAUCAACGAGUCGAUCAACAAUCAAACAUAUAGUCAUACCUCAGACGAUUAAUCUGAUUGUUGCACAUCAACCCUUGCCUUUCUGAGUUUCUGGUGAUAUUUUUCCUUUCUCCCAUCUUAUUUAUUUAAUGUUUAUAUUUUUAUUUUGUAUUUAAGAUGGUUCGAAAUUAUCCAUCCGGACAUGAAAAACGCACUAAAAAAAGGAAAGAAGAACAAUUAGAAAUUUCUCAAAGAGGUGCUUUAGAUAAGUAUUUUUUAAAGAAGCCCCAAUCAAGUGAACACGUUGUUAAUUCUGAUUUGCUAGACUCAAAUAAUGUUAAUAGUGAGAAUGCUGAAAAUGUUGUUAAUGAGAAUGGUGUUAAUGACAAUGUUGAUAAUGAGAAUGUUGAACAAGAAGCUGUGAAUGAUGACACUAAUAGGGUGAAUUCGAAUAAUUUAGAUGAUUCUGCACAAGACGUAGAACAAAAUUCAGAAAAUAUUAAUCAAAAUGUUGAAGAAAAUGAGUCUGUUUUUGUUGAUAUAUAUGAUCCAAGGAUAUGGGAAGCUCUUGAUCAUAAAUCAAUUGACAUUUUGGCAGUCAAUGGUCCUAAAAGAGACUUAACCAUAAUGAAAGGCCCUAAAGACAAAUUGUCUAGGAGAUUCUCUUCUAUUUUAUAUACUAGAUAUUUGCCCAAUGGUGAAACUUGUGAUAGAGAUUGGCUUGUUUAUUCAAAAGAACUUGACAAAGUAUUUUGUUUUUGUUGUAAAAUUUUCAAAAAGGGUAUCGGAAAAGGUAAUUUAGUUAAUGAAGGCUAUAAUGAUUGGUCACAUGUUUGUGUUAGACUUAAAGAACAUGAAACAAGUGUUGAUCAUGUUUUGAAUAUGACAAUUUGGUGUGAACUAAGACAUAGAUUGCAAAAUAAUGAAACAAUUGACAAAGUUGCUCAAGAGCAAUUUGGGAAAGAAAAGGAGCAUUGGAAAAAUUUAAUCGUUAGAAUUAUUGCCAUUGUGAAGUAUCUUGGUAAAAAUAACCUCGCAUUUCGUGGAACAAACGAAAGGUUAUAUGAAAGUAGCAAUGGGAAUUUUUUAGGUUUGAUUGAAAUGUUGGCUGAGUUUGAUCCUGUGAUUAUUGAGCAUGUUCAUCGUAUCAAUAGUGGAAAGAUUCAUCAUCAUUAUCUUAGUCAUGAUAUCCAAAAUGAGUUGAUACUCCUACUUGCUUCUAAAAUCAGAAAUGCUAUUAUCAAGAAAGUAAAAGAAGCAAAAUAUUUUUCUGUGAUGUUGGACUGUACACCUGAUGCUAGCCAUCAAGAGCAAAUGACUUUAAUUUUGAGGUGUGUUGAUGAAUGUUCAAAUUCUUAUAAAGUUCAAGAAUUUUUUAUUGAGUUCUUACAAGUUAAUGAUACAACUGGUCUAGGACUUUUUCAAGUGUUAGAAAAUGUGUUGAAAGCUCACGAUCUUGAAAUAGAUAAUGUUAGGGGUCAAGGAUAUGAUAAUGGGUCUAACAUGAAAGGUAAACAUCAAGGUGUACAAAAGAGACUCUUGGAUAUAAAUCCUAGAGCUUUCUAUAGUCCAUGUGGUUGUCAUAGUCUUAACUUAGUUUUGUGUGACAUUGCAAAUGCUUCAUCAAAAGCAAGAGACUUUUUCGGAAUAGUCCAACGCAUUUAUACCAUAUUUGCUAAUUCUACAAAGAGAUGGCAUAUUUUAAAAGAAAAUGUGAAAGGUUUAACUCUUAAAUCAUUAUCUGCCACUCGAUGGGAAAGUCGUGUUGAAAGUAUUAAAGCAAUAAGAUUUCAAGUUGCUGAUAUAUGUGAAGCAUUAUAUGAAGUAGCUGAUGUAGGUGAUGCUGAAAAUGACCACAAACUACAAAGUGAAGCUAGAUCUUUAGCAAAAAAUGAGCUUAGUAGUUUUGAAUUUUUGCUUGCUACAAUCAUUUGGUAUGAAAUUUUGUGUGCUGUGAACUUUGUAAGCAAACAUUUACAGUCACAAGACAUUUUAAUUGAUACUGCCAUAAGUGAGAUAAAAGGGUUGAUUUCCUUUUUCAAAAAAUACAGAGAUAAUGGUUUUUCAAAUGCCAUGGAUACUGCAAAAAAGUUAGCUAUUGAACUUGGAAUUGACCCAGUAUUUCCUCAAAGGCGUAUAAUACGUAGAAAACGACAAUUUGAUGAAAUUGAUGGUGAAGAAACAUCAUUAUCUCCUGAGGAAUCAUUUAGAAUUGAGUACUUUAUAUACAUUGUGGAUCAAGCUAUUGCAUCCUUGGAAAAAAGGUUUGAACAAUAUGAAUCGUAUGAGAAUAUCUUUGGUUUUUUGUUCAAUUCUGAUAAGUUGCAGUCAAUGGAUGACAUUAAACUCAAAUCUUGUUGUUAUCAUUUUGAAGGUGCUCUUAAGAAAGGUGAGGUAUCUGAUAUUAGUGGAAAUGAUUUAUUUGUUGAGUUAAAAUUAUUUAGAGAGCUUAUACCCAAAGAGAAAAUGGGAGCGAUCGAUUUAUUAAAUUUUUUAAAACGAUUUAAUUGCUUCCCAAAUGUGUCUAUUGCAUACAGGAUCCUAUUAACUAUUCCCGUUACUGUUGCUUCUGCAGAACGAAGCUUUUCGAAGUUGAAGUUGUUGAAGUCGUAUUUAAGGACAACUAUGUCGCAAGAAAGACUAAAUGGGCUCGCUUUAAUGGCUAUUGAAUCUGAUCUUUUGGACGAAGUCAAUGUCGAGUCUGUUAUUGAUGAUUUUGCUACAAAACAUGCAAGGAGGGCUACACUUUUUAAGUGAUUUCAUUAAUGUUUUUUGGGUUAUUUUUAUCAUUUCAACAAAUUUAUGUAAGGAUGGUUUUUCGUUUGAUAAAAAUCGAAUUUUUUUAAUUAAAGUAAUGAAUUAAGGGCCCCAUUUUGAGAAA